AUGACAACACACCACUUUGACAUGGCGUCCCUGUUACCAGACCUGUUGUUUGAAACUUCUGGACGCGGUCCUCCACCCAAUACGAAUUUUUAUUCUUUCAUAAUCACCAAGUCAGAUGUGAUAUGGAGAUGGUGGAAGAUAUCCCCGAGAACUGUAGACAGGAACUCCAAACCUGGGGAGCUCAAGGAGUCUCACCAGGACUUCUUGGAUGACAGUGUGCUGCAAAGGGAGGUUGGUAUGGUUUUCGGUGGUCGAAUCUUGGAGUACAUCAAGGCUUUGUGCCAAGGCCAUUAUGAUUAUCUAGAGCGCCUGUCCGACUCCUUACUUCUGCGGAUAAUAAAUUAUCUAGAACUAGAGGAUGUGGGACAGCUUGGACGAACGUCACGCAGGUUCAUGCAGCUGUGUGGGUCAGAGGAGUUUUGGGAGCAGGUAGUGCAGCGGCGCUGCAACACAGUGUCGGCUGAGGUUGGAUCUCUGGCGCUUGAGGUGGGCUGGCGCACCAUCUUCUUCACCAACAAGCUGCAGCUGCAGAAGUUGAUCAGCCGCAGGAGGCUGAAGACUGAGGAGCAUCCAGAAGGACGGGCCCCUGAAUCAGAUACAGAGGGAGAGGAAUCUCCUGAUGAAAGCCCAGAGACAGAGCAGACAUUCGGUUCUGAGGAGAAAUCUCACCCUGCCAUUAUCUCCGUUGGCAAUGAUCCUGGUGCUGGCUUUGAGACCAGCUCUUACUGUGAUGUCGACCCUGACCUUAACUCUGAACCGGAGGCUGGCUCUGAUUCCAGUGUGUCUGAACCUUCCCAACUGUUUGAGGACACAAAGUGGGGUGGGAACGCCAGUGCAGAACAGGACACUGAGCAAUAGUAGAGCAGAAUGCCAUACAGACAAGACACGGAGUUAAUCCUUUUGUCUGAUAUUGCCGAAGUCCUGUGUUUCUGUUGUAUUGAUAUGCCAUUUUUACACAUUCCUCAAACUAAAAGGAGUUGUGUAUUGAUUCUAAUAUUAUCUUUUAUUUGUCAAAUAUUAAUUCUAUUUUUUUUUUACGUUUGUUUGAUAUGAUUUUUGAGUUGUCAAUCCUCUACAUUAUAUUUGGGGAUAUGUUCAUUAGUAUGUCCAUUGUGCCAUGACUUUUCUGACUUAUACAUUACCAUACAUUAAUAACACGGACAAAAAAAUACCACAGGACAUUGUAGAUCAUAUCUUUUGUUGAUUGUAAUAUACAAUAUUGUAAGUUGUAGAUGUAAUCUACAUUUAAUUCUGCUGUCUGUGUCAUUCAUGAACUCACUCUGAAUAAAACCUCAGUAACUACUUGCCACAUUA